GAGGUGGAGAAACUGGUUCAGCAGUUCAAAUCACUGAAGAGCCAGGCGACCUACGACAGCAAGACCGUGACACUCACCGCGCAAGCUAUGGUUGGUGCGAAGGUUGAGGAGAAGUUCGACUUGACUUCCGAAGACAUCGAGCGCGCCGUGGUCCGUUACCACGAGGAACUGGCCACGAACAAGGAGUUUGCAAGUGUGAACAUGCAAAUGCAAAAGGCAAUGUCCUACCUUAUGGGCGCAGAGAAGGCCUGA